AAUAGAGAGCAAGUCGAACGGUUCGUACGUAUCAUUGCGUAGUGAGAAAGGAUAACGAGAGCGAGUGAGAGAGAAAGAGAAAGAGAGAAAGAGAGAGACAGAGAGUGAGAGAUAGACAAAAAAAAAGAAAAAUAGAAAGAAAGAAAAUAAAAGGAAACAAAAUAAGGAAGGAGGAAGAAAAGAAGAAGAAAAGGAAGAAAGAAAGGAAAAAGGAGUGAAAGGGAGGAAGGAAGAAAGAAAGACAGAGAGAAAGAAAGACAGAAAAAAGGAGGAAAGAGAACAUUUAAAGCGUAGUAAAUUUUCAAGACAGACGAUUGGCCGGCCUGCAGGGAUUUGGCAGUUGCCCCAAGAUGGCGGACUCGGUUGGCGUGCGACGGGCACGAGCUGAAAAGUAUCGUGAACGUGAGAAGUUCGCGAUCCUGUGUUAAACCGGGGGUGCUAAGGACGCCCAUAGAAGGAAGAAUAUUCGGUGAGCAAGUGGGAACGUUCAGACACGAGAGGUAGGAGGAAUAUCAGUGACAUAAGCGUGAGUCUUCAUCGCGCGGCACGGGCCGAAAAGCCGCGCCUAUCCAUCACACGCACCGUCAAGGACAAAAGUCGCAGUUGUAAAAGAUACGAAAUGAGUCGAGUAAUCGUGCUCGCUUCUCGUUAUCCCUUUGGAAAAUCUUGGAAAAGCAAAUACGUGUGCCAGCCCGUGCCGCACCACUUACACCUGAGCACGUUUCCUCGUAUCUGAAAAAAUAAUUUGAAAGAAAAUCGAUGUUAGAAUCAACGAUAAGGAUAAGGUAGAAACAAACGUAAGAGUUAUUAGACUCGAUUUGUAACGAGAAAAAACGAAAGAAUAAAUAAUAAGAAAGGGAAAAAAGGCAGGAUAGACGACGAGAAAAAAAAGAAACAAUAAAAAAAAAAGAUAAAAGGAAAGAAGGUAAGGAAAUAAGAAAGAAUCAUUGAAGAUCACGGGAAAACCGAAAGAGACAUGGCCACUAUGGCUGGUAGUGAUUACACGUCCGUCAAGGAUUUCUACAGAGACCGUUCGAUUUUUAUUACUGGUGGUACCGGUUUCAUGGGCAAGGUCCUUGUUGAGAAACUCUUGCGUUCGUGUCCUGGUAUAAAAAAUAUUUAUUUGCUUAUGAGGCCAAAAAAUGGACAAGAUGUGCAACAGAGGUUGCAAGAAUUACUCGAUGUACCGUUGUUCGAGAAGCUACGACGUAAUUUCCCUCAUGCUCUUUCAAAAAUCGUGCCUGUAGCAGGGGAUGUUACGGAACAGGAACUCGGCAUCUCGGAAGCGGAUAGACAGACACUGAUACAAUGUGUAUCGAUCGUCUUUCAUUCGGCCGCAACCGUAAAAUUCGACGAGGCCUUGAAACUUUCGGUCACUAUAAAUAUAUUAGGCACCCAACGUCUCAUUCAAUUGUGCCAUAGGAUGCACAAACUGGAGGCUCUCAUCCACGUGUCAACGGCGUAUUGCAACUGCGAUCGGAAGGACAUAGCCGAGGAAAUAUAUCCACUUGCUAAGGAUCCCGAACAGGUGAUCUCAUGGACCAAGUCAAUGGACGACGAGAUGAUCGAUGAGUUAACACCGAAAUUGAUCGCGAGUAGACCAAAUACUUAUACUUUCACUAAAGCUUUGGCGGAAAAGAUGCUACAGGGAAAAAGUGGUUCACUACCAGUCGCGAUCGUUAGACCUUCGAUCGUGUUGUCAGCCUUGAGAGAACCAGUCGCUGGUUGGAUAGAAAAUUGGAACGGUCCUACUGGGAUCAUAGCGGCAGCUGGAAAAGGAUUCUUCAGAACGAUGUUGUGCCACGAGGAUAAAGUAGCCGAUCUAAUUCCAGUCGAUAUAGUGAUCAAUCUAAUGAUAUGCGCUGCAUGGAAGACCGCGACGCAUCGUACCGGCACCAUCACAAUUUACAAUUGUUGUUCCGGUCAGCAGAAUCCUAUCACCUGGAAGCAAUUCGUCGAUUUAUCCUUCAAAUAUAGUCGAAUGCAUCCAGUGAACAACGCAUUUUGGUAUCCAGGUGGUCGUUGCCGUAGUUCCAUGCUUUUAAACAAAAUGUGCGUGACCUUCCAGCACAUGCUACCCGCGCACAUUUUAGAUCUUCUAGCUCGUCUGAAGGGCUCGCGACCGAUAAUGGUCCGUAUACAGGCAAAACUUUGCAAAGCCACUAAAUGCUUGGAAUACUUUAGUACGAAUCAGUGGAACUUCAGGGAUUCUAACGUGAGGAGAUUAGGGGAACAACUGAGCCUCGAGGAUCGGCAGACGUUUAUGUUCGACGUCAAACAGAUCGAUUGGCCAUCGUACUUGGAGCAAUACAUAUUGGGAAUUAGACAGUUCAUUCUGAAACAGAACCCAAACACACUGCCAGCUGCCCGCUCACAUAUUACAAAAUUAUAUUGGCUUCACAAAGCAGUACAGUUUGGAAUGCUGUUGAUAGUACUACACGUUCUGCUGUUACGUAGCUCUAUAACCCGUUCUGCCUCUUAUUCGCUCUUGUCUAUCAUACUCCGCAUGUGCCGCAUGAUUGUUUGACGGCUCAGAACCCCGGCCAACGAAUGCAAUAAACAUAAUACAAAGCAGAAGCUGAUCAUGAAGCAUAAUUUAAAGGUGCGAAUUGUUCUUCGACCAUAUUGCUCAGCCUCCCCGACGAUAAAGCGCUAUCUUUACUCCCAUAAGUUGGCCUUUUCGACGUUUCUAUUCGUUCGUAAAUAUUAGUAAUGACUAGGAAUUAUUUAAUAAAGAAUGUCGGUUACCGAGCAAUGCAAGAACAGGGUACGAAGUAGGUGAACGUUCCCGCAAUAUGGUAGUGAUAUAACAAUAAUUUUUAUGUCGAUAAGAAAGUGAGAGAUAGUAAUAUUUACAAAAGGCGUAGGCAAGGUUCAUCGUUCUCGGUCGUAUUCCACUAAUAUUUCUUUACUAGAAACUAAACAUUAUCAAUUAAACGUAAUAAAUAUCGAUACGCUGUAGACCAUUCUUUUUAUUAUCAUUGUUGUUUCGUAUCCAUCGCCGUUGUUAUUAUUUUUUAUUAUUAUUAUAUUAUCUUUGUUAUUAGUACUACUACUACUGCUGCUACUACUACUAUUACUACUACUCUACUACACUACUAUACUACUAACACUACUAUACUACUACUACUAUUACUACCACUACUACUAUACUAUUACUACUACUAUUCUACAACUACUAUCACACUACUAUUGCUAUUACUAUUACUACUACUAACAUUAAUAUCGUGCAAUCUACCAAAUUGUGUAAUAACGGUCGACGUACAUACGUUCAAUUAUUUUCAAGUAGAUAUAAUGAUAAAUACCCCGCUAUAUACCAAACCUUUAAGCAUUAGCGUCGUGAAUUAACAAAAUUCAUUGUUAAUGUUGAUGUUUUACGGGACAACGUCAAUUCUGAAAGAAUAUCACGUGAUAGCAACAACAACAAGAACAACAACGACGACGACGACGACGACAUUUACUUCUUAUUAAAAUAGACACAUUUAGAGUAGAUUUUCACGCGUAGUAGACUCCGAUGUCAACUACAAAAAAAAAAAAGAGCGAAAAAAAUAAAAAGAAUAGGAAUAAAAGAAGCAAACGGCACACGUUAUGGUAGAUCAUACGGGGAACAUGCAUUCGUCAUGUUCUUAUAUUGUCGGUAUCUGACAUUUUUUUCUUUUACUCUGUGACGUAAGAUACCUAGGUAGAUAUUUUGCUACAUCCAUAUGACGUAAUGUGAUAACGCGUCGUAAGGCAUCGUCGCUAUGAUUUAGAAUAAUUCUUAGAAAGGAAGUCCUUGAGUCCUCCGUAAUGCAUUGGCGCAUACGAUGAAUUAUAACGAUAUAUAAAAUGGCGAUAUACAUACAUAUAGCGAAAUGGUAAAAAUAACCUACAUAUACAUAUGGAAGCUAGAGUAUUUCGUCUUUUCGAGAACUGCCAGAGUUUUGCUAAAGAACUUUGGACGAAAUUAAUGCAUUUUAUCCAAACAAAAAAAAAAAAUAAAUAAAUAAAUAAAAAUGAGAGAGAGAAGAGGUUAGAGGGGAAAAUAAAAGUAAUGGCGGCAGAUCGCUUGGAGAUGUUCUUUUGAAAAGAAUGUGCGCGCUAGGUAGAAAUAUUCUUUGAUAUAAAAUAUCUCUACGUAUCUUACAAAUUUUAUUGUCACGAUAUUCAACAUUCGGUAAACGAUGGAAAAAAUAUGGGCGGAGAAGGGGUACGGUAAAACACAAAAAAAUACAAAGGAAGAAAAGAAGAUAAAAGAAAAGCAAAAUAGAAAUUUUGAAGGCAUCGGCAACUUUACGUCUAUCUUCCAUUUAUCUACAUACAUGAAUCGUAAAGGGAAGAACAAAUAGGAUUAAUAUAUUUGUAGUUGAAGUGCAAGCGUAACACAAGUGCGAUACACAUAAAUAUUUAUUGAUUAUUGAUCUUAAUAAUUGUACUAUGAUUAUUAUUAUUAUAUUAUGUCUAUUAUUAUGAUUAUUUAAUAAGAAAAUGACGUCUUUCUACUCUGACUGCUUCCCACGUUUCAACGUAUACAUUAGGUUCAUUCAUGUCUUGUACUUUCAAAUCCAUAAAAUCGUAAUGUAAUACUAUUUCGCUUUAAAUGAUACAUGGAUUUUACUUUUGAUUCAGCUUUGCGGUCUAUAUAAAAUUCAUUGCUCCGUUAAUAUUUUCUAACAAGAUACGUCGAACGUUGACAAGAUCUGUUCGAAUUAAAAAAAAAAAAAAAAAAAGAAAAAAAAAG